AUGAAUUUUUUAUGUGCUGUUUUGCUGCUUAUGACAACUUUCACAUUUGCUAUGAAUGGCAAUCCAUCCGAACACGAAGGUGGAUACGAACCUAUCACGUUUACUAGUUUGAACAGUAAAAAUGCUUGGCAACAAGGAGCAAAACAAGACCGGACACUAAAUAUGGUGAAUGAUAUAAUGACUAGAUGUAACAAGCAAAUAGAAUCAACUCUGAGAUUUUGCAGCCGACCAAAUCAACACGGCUGGAUUCAGAACCGGGUUAUAUACACACAGACAACGAAAACUCAUUUAUUAGGAAUUUUUGGCGAAUACUUUGUUAAGAACUUCGAAAAUUAUUUGUCAUUCACAAAACAAAACAUCGCAACAUUUUACCACACUAAAAAGGAAGGUAAGCUUGAGAUACAUGUCAUAAAAAUUUGCGAAGUGACCGAAAAAGCGAUGUGUUUGCAGACCAUAAUACAUGUAAUAUUUAAGAACGUGUAUAAAAACAUGUUUUGUGACCUCAGGCUUUUUUAUAAUUUAAAGGAUAUUUUGUGCAAUUAUACGGAUAAUUGUAAAAGAAAUUAUAGUGUAAUAAUAAAGGACAGGAAGAUUUCUAAGGAAAAAUAUAACAGUCUGCUCAAGAAAUUAGAUACCUACGCAAAAAAUAUAAACGAUUUGGUAGAAUUUCUAGAAAAAAGAAAGGAAUCACUGAUCAAAUUUAUGGAUGCUGACAAAAAUGGCCAGUGCGCCAAUUUAUUGGCCUUUGUGCAGCAGGAAACUGGAAGAAUGGCAGAAACUGGGCAGUACGUCAAGCAGAUUAGGGGAUCUAAUCCAAGUGUAAAUGAUAAUUUACCAAUAGAGGAUAGAAAGUUUAACCUUUUUAGUGCACGAUUAGACGUAACGGCGGUCAAGGAUUCAGAAAGCGAAAUAAAGGACAGAAAUGCUAUCAAUGAAACAGCCACAGAUCAAAUUGUGAGCUCCGAUGAUGUAAAACCAGCAUUAAGUGAGGAAAUAAACUGCAAUACGAUGCAACCAAAUGAUAUGCAAGAUUGUGCACCUGAAGGACGUGGAAAUGAGUCGGAUGAUAACAGAUCAUAUGACAAGAGGGAAGAAGUUGCAGUGGGACCAACAGUAGAAGGUGAAAGCUCGAACUGUUUAGAAUACGAAAAAUGUUACGGACUUGCUGAACAAUUAUUAAACCUACAAAAUACGGUUGGGAUGGAUUCUGGGUGUAUGGAAGAUUCAUUAGCGCCUUAUGAGGAAGGUGAGAGAUUCUUUUCGUUUAAUUCAUUGACUGAUGCAUCGGAUCAGGCACCAGUAUCGCUUGAAGAUGCUUCUAAUAAUGUUGGACUAACACACACGAAACAGAAGCAUCACACUCCGAUACAGCAGAAGCAUGUGAAUGAUAAUAUCACUCAUCCUGGUGUUGCACCGAACGAUUUUGGAUGUAAUCCGCACAUCGGACCGGGACAUCAUGCCAUAUCACAAUCAAUCUGUUGGAAUAAUCCCAAGCUCGCUCAACCCGAUAUUGUACCAAACCAUACUAUACAGCCGUACCAUCCAUGUCUAUACCAAGCUUUUCCGUCAAAUAUGAGUUAUCCUCCACCACCAUAUAACAACUACCCAUACCACACUCAGCAUAAUUUUCCUUUAUUGCAGUACCACACAUCCCCACCGAGUGUAUACGAAAACGCUCAGCAACCUCAAUUCAAUCCAGGAGCGCCUAACAAAACCAGACCACCAUUUAACACAAGAAAACAUGCACCAACGCGCAAUAUACAGGGUCAGACAUCCACACAACACGAACAUGUGAUUAGCCCUAAUAUUAAUCCAGGCGGUGUGCGUAAUCACUUCAUACCUACACGGAUAGAAAGGAAGUUAGUUCAAGGCCAUUCCUCGCAUUCAGGGGUAGGAGAUGAUGCCAGCGGAUCACGUAUUAAAACGAAUUGGAAUCAACCAGCGGAUAAGAGCGAUGAAUCGAUGCCAAAUCAGGACGCUCCAACUCUGAGCAAUGAAAUCUGGAGACCCACGGAAAACGAGAAGAAAAUGCUUAAAGAGCGUUACAACUAUUUAACCGGCAGACGUUAAGAGCGUAGUCAUGGGAGAUGAAAUGUUUUACCUUGUCAGUUCAGAAAUAGUGGUUUUUACUAAAAGUUAAAACAAAACGAGCCAUGGUUUGCGAAAGAAAAGAUGCGAUGAAUUUAGAGAACUUGUACUGUGUUACCACAUAGAACCAGGUAUUGCUAUGUCCGCUAUUAAUAAAGAUUUUUUGCCAAUUUUUAGGCAGCAACGCGCCACAAACACGAAAUGAAAAUAGCACAACAACUGUUAAAGUGCACAUAAAACGCUGGAAUCAAACGUUCCAGUCAUUGCCACAAUCGUUAACAACACCAACACCGUUUACAUGCACAGUCUUUCAAUAGAACAAACGUUCCAGUCAUUGCCCCACAGUAUCGUAC